AUGCCCGUAUCCGCCGCGAAGUCUUGCGCCGAUCCUCCUUCAGGAGCAGCGCCGAUGCUUCGCAGCGAGGAUCCUCCUGCGGCGGAGCAGCGCCGAUCCUCCUGCGGCCCCAGGAGCAGCGCCUCCGCGGCUCCUCCUGCGGCCCCAGGAUCCUCCUGCGGCCCCAGGAUCUCCUGCGGCUGCUCGCGGCCCCAGGGCAGCGCCGAGCUCGCGGCUGCCGCGCCCCAGGAGCAGCCGAUCCUCCUGCGGCCCCAGGAGCAGGAGCGGCCCCAUCCUCCUGCGGCCCCAGGAGCAGCGCCGAUCCUCCUGCAGCAGCGCCGAUCCCUGCGGCUGCGGCAUCCUCCUGCGGCCCAGGAGCAGCUCCUGCGGCCCCAGGAGCAGCGCCGAUCCUCCUGCGGCCCCAGGAGCAGCGCCGAUCCUCCUGCGGCCCAGGAGCAGCGCCGAUCCUCCUGCGGAGCAGCGCCAGGAGCAGCGCCGAUCCUCCUGCGGCCCCAGGAGCAGCGCCGAUCCUCCUGCGGCCCCAGGAGCAGCGCCGAUCCUCCUGCGGCCCCAGGAGCAGCGCCGAUCCUCCUGCGGCCCCAGGAGCAGCGCCGCGGCGGCCUCUCGGCGUGA